AUGUGCCACUUUCAGGUCUCCUCACACACUGCUGGUGUGUUCAAUUUUUUGACAUAGGGUGCUGGCAGAUUACGGGCCUCCCAUAGCUGCUGCCAGGCCCCUAAUCUGCCAUGGGCCCCUGUACCGCCUCCUCAUGCUGCUGCCAGGUCCACAGUCUCUCAUGGGUCCCUGUACGGCCUCCCAUUGCUGCUGUCUCCAUCAUCGCCACACUCUGCCAUGUGCCACUUUCAGGUCUCCUCACACUCCUGCUGGUUUCCAUUUGUCAUAGGUUGCUGUAUGGCCUCCCAUUGCUGCUGGCUCCACCGCCACACUGUGGCUCCAAACACUGGUUUUGGCCCCGUGACUGGCCAAAUGAGUGAAGUGUGCAGUGAUUCUAAGAUCGACUGCACUCAUCCCUGCAUGUCAUACUGACUGACAGUAUUAUUUCUCUUCCCCAGCAGACUCCAAGGGCAUUUAAAUUAAAGGUACAGUGUUCUGCACUAAUAUUA